AUGCUUAAGAAAGAUGUCCAUCAAGAUGUGAAAGCUGAAAUCGAUUUGAGCAAAAGAAGUAUUUUCUUGAAGACUCCCAAAGAUCAUAUGCUUGCCACCACAGCCUAUCUUCGCAAACGCCUAGAGGAAAUCGACCAAAAUUCAUUUUCAAGUCCUCCAGAAAUAAUAGAAAUUUUGAAGACAAAAGUCGGAAAAAGAAAGCUGAAUGAUGCAUUAAAGGACGCGACAGCUGAAGGGUGCGCCUUCAAUGUUGACGAAAAAAACAAUGCAGUUCUGUUUCUGGGGAGAACUCUCUCAGAUACCGUGAAGGGCGUUGAACUAGCCAGAAAGGUACUUGUUACUGGCAAGCUUGACUUAAAAGACAGUGAUAACGAGUUACUGGUAUCUUCGAAAUGGGAUAAUCUUCGUCGUGAUUUGGAAAAGAGCCUAAAAAUUCGGUGUGAGAGACGAUUGACGGAAUUUCACGUAUUUGGAAUGCAAAAAGAUGUGGAAAAAGCUUUAAAGAAAAUGAGAGACAUUUUAAAUGAAAAGAAAGCAACAGAAGGUGAAUUUAGAUUCGAUUCACCGGCGUAUAAAAGAUUAUUCCACGACUUUCACAAGCAUGAAAUAACAAAACUCGAAGAAGACCUUUCGAAGUUUUCAGUCAAAGUAACGUCCAACGAACGUGGAGAUUUAUUCUUCACGGGGACAGCUGAAGGUGUAAAAGAAAUCAAGGACAAGUUCAAGGCCUUUCAAGACGAAAUAAACGAAAAGCAUUUCUACAUUUCCUUGCCAGGAAUGAGGAGUUUCCUGGCGAAAAACAAAGGUGAACUUGUCGGGACUGUGGAACGGGAAAAAAAAUGUGUCAUCGAAAUUGAAGAAGUCUGCGAAGAACAUCUGGAUGAACAAGUCGAUAGCGAUGACACGUCCAGCCUCGAUACGGACAACGAGAACGAGGGCUUCGAUAAAGAUGAUGAAACAAUUAGGACUCUAGAGGGAAAGAGAAUAAUCUACAAAAGAGGAAAAAUAGAGGAAGAGGAGGUAUGCGUUUUUUUCGGUAUUGAUUUCGAUUAACCGUCUUUCUGUUUACGGAAUCCACGAGCCUUUUCAUAUGAUAGAGCGUAGCUAAAUGUCGUGGGUCGUGGGUAGUGGGUAGAGGUCGUGGGUCGUGGGUGUGGGUGUUGGUAAAUGUCGUGGGUAAAAAAAAAAGUUUUCCAAAAAAAAAAUUAAAAUUAAAAAAUCAAAAGGCAAAAAGUUGUAAAAUUCAUGAAAGGAAAAUCUCCGUGUACAUGCCAGUUUUACCCCCUUCCCCGCGGUCAGCAAAGCAAAUAAGCGAAUCAUUUAGUACAAACGGACACUAAAAUAAGAAACUCUGUACACUAUGUAAACCUAUAGCAGGUUACAGAAAACUGGAGACUGAACUGCUUGUUCUCAAAAAAGUCAACAUUCGUGACUGAAACGUCCUUUCAGUUAAAGGAAUGAUAGGAAUGAGAAUCGUUAUAGCAAAGAUUUUGAACGCAAAACAAAAAAAAAAUCGAGAAAAUUAUAUUUACGUAAGGCAAUAAAAUUUACAUACUGUCCGCGCCUUAACUUGAAAGGUUGAGCAUGAAGGUGGUUCCUUCGUAAGUUAUUAGCUAGCUUAAAACUUCUUUCAGAAAUGCUUCUAUGCUAAAAUAUGAAACACCUCAAAAUUGUCCUUUUUUCCCCGCUCUUUCCCACGGUGAUCGCAUUCCAUCGUGUUAAGAAAUCUCCGCUGAUCAUUGGAAUUUUAGAUCGAAUAAAGAUUAAUAGUGAGCAGCCACUUCCAUUCAGAGAGUCAGAGCUGUUUAUUCCAUAUUUUCUGCAAAUUGUACGUAUAACUUACGUCUGUUUCGUUUAUUUUGCGGCGAUAGCUCAGGUAUGUAUAAAUUUCCAUCGGCAACAUGUAUGGCAGUGAUGGUGUGAAAGGGGAGCCAAGUCCCACCUGUCUAAGGAAAUAUCCGGAAGAGGACGAAGAAGAAGCCGUAGCGUAAAGGGCAAUCGAGGAGUUGGAGAUUUUCGUUUUAUAAAUAUUUUCCAUUUUUUUCUAUUUAUUAUUAUUAUUAUUAUUAUUAUUAUUAUUAUUAUUACUAUUAUUAUUAUUAUUAUUAUUAUUAUUAUUAUUAUUAUCUUUUUAUCAUUUUUUCCAUACUUUUUUUACCCACAACAUUUACCCACACCCACACCCACGACCCACACCCACGACCCACACCCACGACCCACUACCCACGACCCACGACAUUUAGCUACACUCCAUAUGAUAUGGUGACGACUGGUGAAAACGCACCGUGACUGACGCGUUUCAUACUUUUAAGGGAACACGCUGAAGUGCGUUUUGUCACGCUGAAGUGCGUUUUGUCACACUGAAGUGCGUUUUGUCUAGUUUGAAACACGAGACGUAACUCAGUAGCUCUACACUGAACAAACUAAUAGUUCCCUCGAAUUUCCCUCGCGAAACAUUAAGACCCUCGGGAAAACAAAACUAACCGUGUUUCCCUCGGCAAAUGAUAUCAAGUACUAGUGGUCUAUUAUCAAUGCUGCGUUAUGAUUGGUUGAUCUACUUCUAAGUUAUAUGUUAUAGCCCACUAGUAGCGAAAAGUGCCGGCUUUGAAAACCAAAACAAUGGCGGCUGAAUCGUGUUUUGCUAGCUAAAGUUGUUUUGUCUCGAUAUUUUUGACCAACUAAUUGGAUUUUACUAAAACAAUGAUUCCUCUCGCCCUCAUAGCUUCUGAGUCAAUAGCCCAUUCAGACUCGAGGAAUAAUUGUUAAUUAUUUUUCUUUUAUAAACAGGCGGAUGUGCUGGUUUGCUCAGUCGGUUCAAACUUGAAUUUGUCAAUUGGAACGCUAGCACGUGCCAUGAGCAAGGCCGCUGGUCCAGCUUUAAAAGAAGCGCUUCUUAAGGAAACGAGCAUCAUGAGACCAGGGGGAAUUGUUCAUACGUCGAGCGUAGGAAAAUUGCCAUGCCGUCACGUGGUGUUCUGUGUGUGUUGUCCUUGGGAUGAAGGUUUAAGUGAUGAAAAAGAGGUAGGAAUAAUACAAAGCUCUUUAACAGCAUCGAUUAUUGAUGGUUCUUUUCGACGUCCAAGUAGAGUGGCAUAAGCCAUGAUGUACUCAGGCUUAAAGACAUAUAUUUAGCUCCGUACUUAGUAAUUAACAGACAAAUUUGUAUUUAAUAUAUGAGAGUACGGUUUUUUUUUCUAAACCUAAAUUUAAAACUAACUUAGCCUUUACUACUUUCGUCUUCAGUUCAAGCAAAAAUAAUGUUAUCUUAGAAAUGUAUUUCCUUAAUUUUUAGCAGAACCUGUAAAUUAAUAUUAAUUUGUAAGGAACUCUGACUACCAGCAAAAUAUUUCCUAUAGUUUUCACCUCAUAAUAGUGUAUCCCUCAUACGACACCAUGCGCGCUGGGCAACAGGAAGAACUAACACUUUUUUGAAUGACAUGAGGUCAGACUAAUUUUCUUUUAAUCUCGUUGUAUUGCCAUUAAAAGGAGUGACAGAAUAAGCCUUUUUCAGUUUUGCAUCCUAAAAACCUUGAGAUUUCGACUUUUUUCGGUCUGUAUAUAGAGACCCUUUGGGACGAAGCGGGGCCAUUUAUACGAGGAAAAAUAAGACGCGUCUUACAUAAAACGCUCUUAAAUAAGACGCGAACUUUCCGUAUAAACGGCACAUUUCGUCUAAAAUAAGACGCGGCUUAGCUAAGACGCGUCUUAUUAGAUAAGACAUGCUCGUAUAAAUGGUACAGUUCGCGUAUUAUUUAAGACGCGUCUUAUGUAAGACGCGUCUUAUUUUUCCUCGUAUAAAUGGCCCUAGUGUUUAGAUGGUUUACCGGCAUGGACGCGACUUUUUACAGUGUUGAAAGUCGUCUGACUUAAAACUAAAGAGGGCCUCUUUAGUUUUAAGUCAGACUAGCUAAGUUUUACAUUAAAACCAGUAGCACUCACUGUCGUAUCAUUCUUGGAGCUUUUCAAUGACCCGUUGAUUUGUUGUUGUUGUUGUUUUUUUUUUCCUUUUAAAGAUUCUUCAGACGUUGGUAAGAAAGUGUUUUGACAAGGCGUUGGAGCUAGGGUCGUGUUCCAUUGCUUUACCACUCAUUGGUACCGGUAAUCUCCGUUUCCCGUAUGAAAUUGCCGUUCAGGUCAUGGUGGAUGAAGCCCUCAGCCACAGCAAAAGUUACCCCAACUCACCCAUAGAAGAAGUUAAAUUCGUUGUACACAAGGAAGAUAAAUCUGGGUUGUUAGCCUUCGAGGAGAAAUUUAGGGAUAUAAAGAAAGACCCUGAACGAGAAAGAUUUAUGCUUCCUGGAAACCCCUUGACCAGGCACUUACAUUGUAACAAAGUUGAAGCGCCGAUUCUAACAGGACCGAGAUGUACAAGAGCCUAUAUAGGUGACACAGCUGUGGAAAUAGCACGUGGAGACAUUACCAAAGAGUCCUCAGAGGGCAUUAUCAGUGUUAUAGGCGAAGAUCUUCAAAUGAAAAACGGUGUGUUGAGUGCGACCAUAGCUGAUGCUAGCGGUAGUGAGGUCCAAGAGGAGCUGACAGCGUUUAUAUCCCAAGUGUCUAAAACGGUUUUGAGAACUUCUGCUGGACACUUGCCAGCCAAAUGGAUUGUUCACAUGGUCGUACAAUCAGGAAACAAACAACAACUCCAAGCUUGUGUCCAAUCAGCUCUUGAGGAAGUCCAUUCCAUGGAAUUGAAGUCGAUUUCUAUUCCUGCGAUUGGUAGCAGUGGGCUAGGUUUAAGUCCACAAGAAUCGGCAGAAGUGGUUUUGGGUUCAAUCUACUCCUUCUUGAUGACAGUGGGCCCUCCCAUCACUGUUCGCGAAAUAAGAGUUGUUGUCCUCGAUGAUGAUUCAGUAGAAGAGGCGUUUGCUUGUACCCUCCAACAGAUGACUUCCGAGUCCAGUAAAAGCUACAGCUCCCCGGCUCAAGGCGAUAAAGAAGAAGAGGCAAUCGGAACUAAAAGAAUAAUAGAGGGCUGUCGACACAAGGUGGUGGUAUAUCGACGACACGAGGUUUGUGAAGAUGCCAUAGCGGCUCUAGAGGCUGGUGUAAAUAAAGAAUGUCAAUCUGUUGACUUCAGCGAAGAUGCCAUACACCGUUUACCAAAACGGUGCAUCAAGGAAUUGAGGCGAAAGGGGCGUGAGGAAGAUGUUAGUCUUGAUUUUUCCCGACCAGGGACUAUCGCCUUAAAAGGAUUUCCAUCUGAUGUCCUGAAAAUGCACGGAGAAGUUUUCAAAGUUGUUCAAGAUCAGAUUAAGGAGGAACAUCAACUGGAACGCGCUCAAAUGACGUCGCGAAAUGUUCAGUGGUGUUACCUGAGUGUAAGUGGGAAACACGAACCAUUUGAAAUGAUGGCGAAUUAUGACAUAGAAACAGCGUCUCAGUCCAAGCAACCUUCUGUCUCUUUCACGCACAAACAUUUAAAGGCUGAAAUUAAAUUUGACCUCCACCAAGUCAAGUUUCUGAAAACGGGGGCAGUAAAGAAGAUCUUUCGGAAAGAAGGCAAGUGUCUAUUAGUUUAUAGAUUUUACAGUUUGUAUAUGUCUGUUAGCUCCGUUCCCGGGCCCUAAGAAAAGGUCUAUUUUCGGUAAACAAAUGUUGAAUAAAUCAAGAAUCUAAAGGAAAUAAAAUCUCUUCGUAAAUUAAAAAAAUAAUAUUAAGAAAAAUCACAGUGAAUCAAGUAACUUUUACAAGUUCGAACUUUUUCGUUGAACUACUGUCCUCGAAUGGCACAUUACGUUGUUCGGCCCUGCAGAAAUCUGUGCUAUAGGUAACGUGUCCAUGAAAGAUGAAAUUAUGUUUGUUAAUGUAAACAGUUAUAGGAAAUUGCACUUUCUUUUCUUUGAUUUAGUUAUUCCCCUUCCCCCUGAGUGGGAUAGCCAUCCCCUGGAUCAAAAAGGACGGGAAAAGAGGCUUCAUCUAGUCCUUCUUGAGGAAAAGUCGUCCGAGUACCAGGGAGUUGAGUGCAUGUUUAUGCAAUCUAUCACGAACGAAAAGGUAUGUAUUAACAGAAUUACAUACAGGGUUUUGCGUCCAUACUGCCAUUGAAAUUAGAGUCCUGGUCAGUCGGUGAUUUGCAAUGUUUUAAAGUUGUCGGUAGUCUCAGCGUAUACAAAGGGCGAAUUCGUUCUCAAAUCAUUGGCCUAAACUUUGCACCCCAUUUUUUCCCUUUGUUUUAAAGGUCUGUCUCAUAAGUAUUCAGAGGGUCCAGAACCCACCAAUAUACCGUUCCUAUACGAUGAAAAAGCAAAGCAUGGCGGAGAAGAAUGGAAACCACAAAAACGAAAGUUAUCUGUUUCAUGGAACAGGAUAUCACAAUGUGAAGGACAUCUGUGCUCACGGAUUUAACCGGAGCUUCUGUGGAAGUAAUGGUAAGACUACACCAGUUCCUCCUUAAAAAUAGGUAGCUUUCGAUAACAUUAACGUAGGCGCUUCCUUAGAGAGAAAUGGGCUCCCUUCAAACACUGCCCCUGAGAGAAAUAACUUGAACUAAGGCUCAAGGGCAGCAACCUCUUAGGUUUCUCUCUUUUUUUCCCCUUUUUUUCUUUGUAAUUAGAUUUAUUACUUUCUAAAAAAAAUGUAUAAUAUUCUAUUCUAGCGUUAGACUUUAAAGUAAAGUGUUCAUGUCGGUCUGUCAUACAAAAAGUAAUGGUAGGGUUAGGAAGAAAAGAACCACAGAAACUGUUGAAUCGACAAUUAUGGCUAAUGUGUAUGAAGAUUGUGGGCUAUGACUGGACUAAAAGUACGUCAUAUGGGAUGCUGCUAUAAUCACUUGCGAUUUGAGAUGUUUCUGAAGAAAAUAGGAGUAUAUCAGCUAAAAGAAAAGUGAAUGAGAACCAUCUGAAAGAUAGAAAGGUAUUUGUUCAAAUUGAAGGAGACCGCUGAUGCAAGCAAUCGAAUUAAAAAACGAAACAUUAAGCCCCCAAGGGGUAAUGCAAGCACGUUUUGUUUAAUUAAUUUAGUGAAGACGAUGGUAUCAUUUCUCUAUAAAACCUGAAUGUAAGGGGGAAAAGCUCAGGAACAUAAAGUUGGAGGUCAUGAAAUCGAAGAUCGUUGAACAAAUUCAGACUUCAAGCUUGUGAAUAAAUUCCAUAUCGGAUCAUUCCGCAUGAAGUUUUAGAGUUGUGAUGAGAUUUAAUAGGGAGGGGGGCUUAAUAGAGAAUUUAUGGUAUUUUGCUUCUGGAUAGGCCAUUUGCACUUAGAGGACAGGUGACAUCGUUUUUAUGAAAAUGAAAGUUAUAUGAUUUUUCCUUUUUAAAAAACGAUUGGUGGGUCAUAUCUUUAACAAAAUAAUAGUGAUUAGUUUUUUCAAACCUGCACCAUUUUCUUAAAAUGAGUAAGUUCUUAGCUGGUCACGUGACCAAAAUGAGAUUUUAAAAUUAUGAAUUACCAAUUUCUAAACACAAAUUUUGCACUUAAACUUCAAGGAAAAUGUUAAAAAGUUGAUGUGGGAACGUUUACAGCACAUCUGAGCGUAACUAUCAAACUUUUAACAAGAUCUAAGCAAAAAGUAGUUUUGGCCGCCAUGUUGGAGGGCAAAAGUAUGCCCUCCAACAUGGCGGCCAAUACAACUGAUACUACUUUGUUGAAAAAUCAAAGAGCCAUAUAAAAUAUCUCCUUUAAAUGCGUUUCCUCUCAAAUUUCGGGUGUAAGAUAAUUUUUAUAUGCUCUGUCAAUUUUUGGCAUCAACAAGAUUCCAACUCAUUGUUUAAAGGAAGCAUUGGUCACGUGACCUCUUAGUGCAAGUUGCCUAUUGCCGCUCAUUCGAAAAAAUCUUGUCAAAGAGUGAUAUUUUUUCCUACUACUUGUUUCAUUGGGUUUUGUUUGAGGCCAGAGAGAUAUAGGUACCUGGGUGGUCGAAUUAUCCAUGGAGUUGAGAGUUGUGUCUUUCAAACAAAGGAAAUCUCGAUAUGAUGCCGGGAGAUCUUGAUAUGGUUUUUAACUAAAGAAGCUGCAUCAAAAUGUUAUUCAUACUGACGGUCUACCAAAAUUUUCUUACGCACGAACAUUUCAUCUUUACUGAGUACAAGUUCAUUCUAUUUCUUAUAGGAGUUAGUUAUGGAGAAGGCGUGUAUUUUGCAACCGAAGCUUCUUACUCUCUCUCAUUCUCAAAGCCGCCGAACUCUAAAGGUGAAUGCUGCAUGUUUCUCGCAAAGGUACUAUCUGGCAAAUAUGCAACUGGAAAAGAAUGUAUGAAGACACCACCUCCGAUAGACCCCAACAAAGGCGAACUUCUCUAUGACUCAGUCGUGAACUCUACUGAUGAUCCGACUGUCUUUGUGGUAUUCCAAGAUGACCAGUCUUAUCCCGAAUACCUAAUCACUUUUAAGUGCUUAUCUAGUUAUUACUAAGAAGCCCAGAGGCAUAGCGUCGAAUUAGAUAAAAUACUCACUACAGCUGAAUAUUAAUACCAUAGGUAGCCCAAGCUCGAAAUAUGAUGAGCGUGGGCACAGUUGUCUAUCCUUCAGCAGGAAUUAAGGCUAUAAAGAAGGAUUUUUUAUCGGGAAAAAUGAUUGUUUACGAAAACUAAAUAUAUCAAAGAGAUUUAUAUUAAAAAGGACUUACCCUACAGAAGUUGUGUGCUAGUUAUUCUUCGCAUGUUUUCGCCGAACCGAUUUAUGGCCAUUUUCUUGGUUUCAGUAGAUCCGGUUUGCUCGUCCAUGCAUUCAAACCCAUAAAUCGCCAUGGGUGUUUAUUUUUUUAAAUUCAUAUCUCGGUCAUAUUAUUUGUAGGUUUCAGGAACAGUCAUUGAAUUGUUUUCCCCUUAAAGAUCCUUAUAUUUUCGAACUGAGUUUUAACUCGGUGUCGACGCUCAUAUUUCGAGCUUGGUACUCCACUGAAUAUCUGAUCUUAACUCAAUCGUGCGUAAGUGCGCGCUAGUUUGCAUUGUAAACGUACUGAUUUAGCAACGUAUCGUAGUUCAAGUUUCAGAUCGAUUCAGACCGCAUCUGGCUUUUACUUGGUAUAAAUGAUUAUUUGUGAAUCAAUUUCAUGUUAGCCUACAACCAAUUUUUGAGCAUUUUGAUAUUUUACAUAUAGUUUGGAGCACCAGUAGGUACAUGGCAUAAAUUAAUUGUACACAAUUUUCUUUAAACUAAAUCGAUUCAGUUAAACACGACCGCACUCGAUGCAUAAAACAGAUAUCGUGAAAUUAUUACACAAUUCACCACUUAAUAUAUAAGAAUUUUGGAGCAGUUUAUUCAUUGUCGGUUAGCAUUAACUCACUUAGGGUAGAUAUUUGGGUUAGGGAGAGGUGGGUGGGAAGUUUCUCAGACCACAACUUCGGCCAGACUGCCGCCUUGUUAACAAAUGGACGUCAUAAAAUUGGUUUAAAGGAAAGAACUUCGUGGUGAAAUCAAAAGGGGCCCUUAGUUUUGGUGACGUAUUGCUUCACUUAAUCAGGGGCCUUUUCUCAACCCAGUGUUGGCAGUGUUGUUAUAUCAAAUCUUAUGUAUGAUGUCCAUAACAAUAUGAUGGUACCUUCUGACAUUUAAAUCUUUUUCAAGAAACAAGUAGCUGCCACUACUACAAUAAAAGAGCAUCGGCUUCAGGAAAUUUUUAUUUUAACAGUUCCGAUCUAGAAUUAUAUAAACAGUCUUUCUCUCGCGUUGGGGCUAAGCUGUGGAAUGAGAUACCCUGUAACAUUCGACAACUCCCAAAGAAUAAGUUCAAAAAAACACUCCGCAAAUUACUUUUUCUGAAUUCAGAAGAUGACUAUAUUAAUACGCCCACCUUAAUUAAAAAGGUACUGAAUUAGCCAAAAAUGUCGAAAUAUAAGUUCUUGCUUAUUAGUUUCUACUUUUACAAUUUAUUUGUUUAAUUCUUUUUCCUUUAGUACGAGGGUCUCAAUGGGGUUAACCGAUAGGCGUAAAACGGCCAAAAAUUUAGUCGAUAGCCGUAAAAAUUGAAAAAUUUUAACCGUUAGCCGUAAAUAGGAUAAAAAAAAAGUUAACCGUAAAAGAAAUAGUUACCUAGAUUUGCUAAUUUUAAUGAAGGUACUAAACUCACUUAUGGUUGCGUUUUUUAUUUCCCUGCUAGUGUGACUCCGUACGCACGUUAGGUGAAGCGCCUUUUAAGUGUUGACCAAGACCUAGGCUCCAUUUCCGCCGCUCUCUCGGGGAACUAAUCUUUUGCAUAGCAAAAAUCUGGCUUCUUGCUGGGGAUUAAUAUUUGCGAUUUUCAGGAGGUCGUGCCCUCGAAAUACUAGUAAAAGUUGAUGUGGGAACGUUUACAGCACAUCUGAGCGUAACUAUCAAACUUUUAACAAGAUCUAAGCAAAAAGUAGUUUUGGCCGCCAUGUUGGAGGGCAAAAGUAUGCCCUCCAACAUGGCGGCCAAUACAACUGAUACUACUUUGUUGAAAAAUCAAAGAGCCAUAUAAAAUAUCUCCUUUAAAUGCGUUUCCUCUCAAAUUUCGGGUGUAAGAUAAUUUUUAUAUGCUCUGUCAAUUUUUGGCAUCAACAAGAUUCCAACUCAUUGUUUAAAGGAAGCAUUGGUCACGUGACCUCUUAGUGCAAGUUGCCUAUUGCCGCUCAUUCGAAAAAAUCUUGUCAAAGAGUGAUAUUUUUUCCUACUACUUGUUUCAUUGGGUUUUGUUUGAGGCCAGAGAGAUAUAGGUACCUGGGUGGUCGAAUUAUCCAUGGAGUUGAGAGUUGUGUCUUUCAAACAAAGGAAAUCUCGAUAUGAUGCCGGGAGAUCUUGAUAUGGUUUUUAACUAAAGAAGCUGCAUCAAAAUGUUAUUCAUACUGACGGUCUACCAAAAUUUUCUUACGCACGAACAUUUCAUCUUUACUGAGUACAAGUUCAUUCUAUUUCUUAUAGGAGUUAGUUAUGGAGAAGGCGUGUAUUUUGCAACCGAAGCUUCUUACUCUCUCUCAUUCUCAAAGCCGCCGAACUCUAAAGGUGAAUGCUGCAUGUUUCUCGCAAAGGUACUAUCUGGCAAAUAUGCAACUGGAAAAGAAUGUAUGAAGACACCACCUCCGAUAGACCCCAACAAAGGCGAACUUCUCUAUGACUCAGUCGUGAACUCUACUGAUGAUCCGACUGUCUUUGUGGUAUUCCAAGAUGACCAGUGCUAUCCCGAAUACCUAAUCACUUUUAAGAGCUUAUCUAGUUAUUACUAA